UAUGUUAGAUAUGACACUACAAAAGAUGAUGAUAACGAUGGUGCUACUGCUAGUGGAACAAUGUUUUGGACAAGCUGGAGUUAUAAAACCAAAUAUUAUUCUGAUGAACAUGGAUGAUCUAGGAUGGGGAGACCUUGGGGUUACAGGACAUCCUAGCAGAGAAACUCCAAACAUUGAUAAAAUGGCUUCGACCGGACUUCUACACACAGAAUUUUACGCGGCAGCCGCGAUAUGUUCACCCUCUAGGGCCUCUUUGCUCACUGGUCGUCUUCCAAUCAGAAAUGGAUUUUAUCAGAAUACUUUUACAGGCCGGAAUGCCUAUACUCCGCAAGAUAUAGUUGGUGGGAUACAGAAUUCUGAACUCUUGAUCCCAGAGCUGUUACAGGGAGUUGGAUACAGGACAAAACUUGUAGGAAAAUGGCAUCUUGGUCAUCAGGAAAAAUAUUUACCCCUUGAGCAUGGGUUUCAAGAAUGGUUUGGAGCUCCUAACUGCCAUUUUAAGUAUAAUGUUACCUGGAGACCAGGGCCCAAUAUUCCUGUUUAUAAAAACAGAAAUAUGAUUGGCAGGUACUAUCAAGAAUUUCCCAUUGAUAUUCCUGCAGGAUUAUCAAACUAUACUCAGCUACUCCUGGAGGAAGCUGUAGAGUAUAUAUCCAGAAACUCGAGUUCUCCUUUCUUCCUGUACUGGGCUCCAGACUCCACUCAUGCUCCAUCUUACUCUUCAAUUCAUUUNGAACUAGUAGAACGUAAACCUAUUACAAGGAAACUAGUAGAAGGUAAACCUAUUUCAAGGGAACUAGGAGAAGAUAAUCUGAAUGUGCUCCAAUGUACCGGGAAUGUCGUCUUCAUAGCAUUGGAAACUCAAAAUCCUCAUAUGACGGAUUCCUAUUACGGAGAUGCUAUUAAGGAGCUGGAUCAUCAUAUUGGAAUUAUUGUAAGUACAUUGCGGAGAAGCAAAAGGCCUACUUUAGUUAUUUUUACAUCAGACAAUGGUGCUGCACUUGUCUCAAGGGAAAUUGCUGGCUCUAAUGGUCCUCUAUUAUGUGGGAAACAAACUACUUUUGAAGGAGGGUUUAGGGUUCCAACCAUAUCUUGGUGGUCACAUGGGGGACCAAGAGGUGUGUCUCAUCACGUGGGAUCUCAUAUGGAUUUUCUUCCAACUUUAGCUGAGUUAGUUGGGGCUAAAAUACCAGAUUACGUUGUACUGGACGGAAAAUCUAUUCUCGGUGUAAUACAGGGAACUAAGAUUGUAGAAAACUCACCAAUAUUCAUGUAUCGAGGAAACCUACUCUACGCAGUUCGUCUUAAUUCCUUUAAGGCCCAUUUUUACACAUGGACAACUCCAGAAGAAGAGCUUGCUAAGGGAAUUGAUCACUGUCCUGGCAUUUCAAUAAUAAAUGUAACAACAACAUCAAUAACAAAACAGGAACCUCCUGUAAUAUUUAACCUGGGCCGAGAUCCAGGAGAGCGCUUUCCAAUCAAUAUUCAAUCAAUGGAAUAUAAAGAUGCUUUCAUUGCUAUUACUGAUGUUGUUAAAACUCACAAAUCAGGUCUGGUCCCAGGUGUCCCACAGCUGGAGGAUUGUGACGAAGCGAUUAUGAAUUGGUCUCCUCCAGGUUGUGAAGGGUUGAAUGACUGCUUAAAGGCUCCACCCUCAAACCCUUUUAAAUGUGUUUGGCCUCACUAACCAAAAUAAAUUCAGAGAAUUCCA